CUCUCUUUUGUCCCUUCCCUUUUUAUGAACACCACUCUGUCAACCUCAGUCCUUCUCUCCCAGAUAUUAUUUGUGAUUUUCUCGCUUUAUUACUCCAUGUACUAUGUGGCUCAUCCAUCAGCUAUUAUAAGUUUAUAACCCCCUAGCCCCCACUCUCCCCUCAACAAUAACACUACUCAUUUGUUUUUGUUUUGUUUGCAUGAUGGAACCUCAACAAGCACAACCGAGCCAACAAAGCGAGGAUGGUGGCAGUGGAAAAGGAGGGUUUCUGAGCAGGCAAAGUAGUACACGGUGGACUCCCACAAGCGACCAGAUAAGAAUACUGAAGGACCUUUACUACAACAAUGGAAUUAGAUCCCCCAGUGCAGAGCAGAUUCAGAGGAUCUCUGCUAGGCUGAGGCAGUACGGUAAGAUUGAAGGCAAGAAUGUCUUUUAUUGGUUCCAGAACCACAAAGCUCGAGAAAGGCAGAAGAAAAGGUUCACUUCUGAUAAUAAUGUCCCCAUGCAACAAAGAAAUAUUUCUGCUUCUGCUUCUGCUUGGAAACCUGAUGACCCCCUUCACACCAAGUAUUCUAACUUGUCUUCUACUGGGAUCUCUCCUGCAUCAUCUUCUUCUGCUGAGAUGGUUACUGUGGGGCAGAUGGGAAAUUAUGGAUAUGGUUCUGUGCCCAUGGAAAAAAGUUUUAGGGACUGCUCAAUAUCAGCUGGGGGUAGCAGUGGCCAUGUUGGAGUAAACCACAACUUGGGAUGGGUUGGUGUGGAUCCAUAUUCCUCAGCCUACGCCAACUUCUUUGACAAAAUAAGGCCAACUGAAGAAACCCUCGAAGAAGAUGAAGAAGAAGAGGAUGGUGAUGCUGAGAUUGAAACCCUCCCUUUAUUCCCUAUGCACGGUGAGGACAUUCAUGGCUAUUGCAACCUCAAGUCUAAUUCUUAUAACUAUGAUGGAAACACCUGGUAUCAUCACACUGAAGAUGGGUUCAAGAAUGGUUCUCGUGCUUCCUUGGAGCUCAGUCUCAACUCCUACACUCGCAGAUCACCAGAUUUCGCUUAAGUACCUCAUCCAUAUAUACUAAACUUGUUAAUUAUAUGAUGAUGAUAAUGAUAGCCUAGCUUAAUUGGUUAUCAUUCUAUGAUUAAUUGUAGUUUAUUAGGUUGUCUGAAUGUUUAGUCAGUUAUGGUUAUAUAAUCAGUGUGCAAGUGUACUCAGUUUAAGAGCCGUUCCCAACCUGACACAUGUCAUGCGCGGGCGGGGAACUUAAUGGACUGAC